UUAAACCCACUCAACUACCAAAGACAACCUUAAAUAGAAGCCAAAACAAAUAAAAUUUUCUCAUUUACACUUCAUUUCCACUCUUAAAAAAUGAGAAAAACCACAACCAUUAUUUCAUCAUUUGCAAUUCACAUUCUUCUUCUUAUUUCUUCUAUUCCCUUCUCAUCCUCCCAACCCAAUGAAAAAAACAGCACCACCGAUUUAAUAGACCAAAUAUGCAAAAAAACACCUUUCUACGACCUAUGCAGUUCAAUCCUAAACUCCACCCCACCGACCCCAAAACCCGAUCUAAAAACCGUAGCCCUCGUAAUGGUAAACAACAUUCUCUCAAACGCAACCGACACACUAAACUUCAUCGAAGCAUUGAUCAAGAAAACCUCAGAUCGUGAAAUGGAACAAGCAUUGGCUUUCUGUGCUGAAUCAUAUAUCCCUGUUGUGAAGUACACUCUUCCUCAAGCUGCUGAUGCCAUUAGCCAAAACCGUUUUGGGUUUGCUGGUUACUGUGUUUCUGAUGCUGUCAAAGAAGUUAACUCUUGUAAUAAGAAGUUUUCAGGGGUGUUGUUGUCACCUUUGGGGGAUAGAAAUGGGAUUGUUCAGAAGCUUGUGGAUGUGGCUUCUGCUAUUAUUAAACAACUUUUGAAGGGUUGAUUUGUAAUUUUCUUUUGCUUUUUUCUUAUUUUGUAUGUAUAGUGGAUCUAGCGGUUUAUUAAAUUUAAAUAGGAUACUUGUACUUUUAUAUUGUUACUGAAUAAUAAUAUAAUAAAUAAUAAUAUUAAUAAUAAAA